AUGCUUAUCUGGCGUGAUGUUGUUUACCUAACUGAAGAAUCUUAUUGUUACAUGUCACUCGAUCGUCCGCGAAGUGUAUUAUUGGCUUUUCUCGUUAUGUAUGGGAUAGCUGCUUCAUUAUUAGCCUUAAUCUAUCUUCGUAUUACAAUAUAUGUGCAGAGAGAAUCAAGCAAUCUGCAACCAAUAGCGAUGCGAAGGCAACAACAACGAGACAUCGUCGUCAUACAACGGAUUAUUUUAACAGCUGGUCUCGUAAUCUUUGCUGGAAUACCUGCAACUAUUCUUUUGUUAAUAAAGUAUAUUACAGGUGAACAACAGCCACUUUUCUUCCGCAUCAAUUGGCUUACAAGUGUCAUAUCUCUCGUUCAAUUGAAUGUAUCAAUACUUUUGUUAACACCUCAUUUAAAAAGAAUAGUUUUCCAAAAGAUUCAACCGAUUCGCAUACAUCCACUUAUUCUUCCUCUUACUCGCUCAACUGCAAUUCCAAAUAAUACAGCUCGAAUGUAA